AUGGGGAUGGUAGUCUGGUACAGCUUGUCAGCAAAAAUUGAAAUUUCGAGUUCAAGCCUCAAAGCCUUGGAAGUUAUCAGUUUUGCGGAGCGCCGGACUAGGCUUCAAGUGGAAGCUAUGAAUCUUGAAUCCCUUGGAGUUGGUGGUAAAGCGGAUAAGGCGCGGUCUUGUUCUUGGUACGACAUUGAUUUUGCAUCUUGUGGGCAGCUUAGGAAUUUAGAGUUGUUUGGUGCAAUCUUUAAAGGUGUAUGUGUCAAAGAGUUCAGAUCACGAUUUCCACUUCUUGAGAGUUUGAUCUUUUAUAGUUGCUACUUUGGAGAACAUAUCGAGCUCGUUAGUCAGCAUCUGAAACGCUUUGUUCUGGGCCGAUGCAAGUCUAUUAAGAAUGCCAUAAUUGAUACUCCAAAUCUAAGAUCAUUUUGGUUCGAUGGUCCGACAGACAAGUGUACCUUUUGUGUCGAUGCUCCAAAGUUGUCCAAGACUACAAUCAUAACUGGUGACGAUUGGUGGCCUUGGAAUUAUUCUAUCUGUAACUUUCUUGCAAAUUUGGCUUCCUCAGAAAAAGUGACUCUAUAUGCAGAGUAUCCUCCGGUGUAUAUGUGUAUUCAAUUGUUCUCAUCAUCACUCCUGAUUCCUGAACAAUAUACUUAUUGGCGUCCACCAUUACCUAGUGUCAAGCAUCUGGAGUUUGAGGUUGCCCUGGAUUUGAAAGAACCUAGCUGUGGGAUGGCAACUUUAGGGGACGAUCGAGGUGGUGGACUGGUGGUGUUCAAUUUCUGCGUAGACAGAGCAAUGUUUUGA